AUGUUCGGCCUUAACUUCUUCAAACGUCCACAAGCCCUCCAGAUCUACAUCGCAGCUUACGAUCGUGGCCUCGACGCCGCUGGCAACCAAAAGCCCGACCACUGGGCUAUCAUAAUCACUAAAUCCCUCUCUCAUGCGGGAACCGCCCACCACGUCAUUCACGGUCACCCACUAUUCGAGUAUCGUCCACGCGAUGAUGUAUAUGUUCUAAAGUCCCAAAGUCUGGCGCACGUACUACAUGUUGGAAAGGUUUACGAAAAGGACGUUAAAAAGGUCGAAGAUAUUUUCGAGAAGGUGCAAGUUAACAAUGUUGACAAGGAAUGGAAUUGUCAAAAUUGGGUUAUUGAGGCGAUUAUGGGGUGUAUCGGAGUUAGCGGUGUAAGCUUGGAGAAGGGGAUUAAAGUAGAGAAGUUGAGGGAGUUGGUCAAGGCAGCGAGCGACGGCAGAGAUAUGUAA